AACCUGCUUCAGAAUAGGCGGUUGCAUUUCCCCGUCUUGUCCUCUUCUCGGCCUCUCCAUCCCUCGGCUUUCCCAUCCGAGAGGGCUUGUCACAAGACCCUCCCCACACGCUUCGCCCUCCCCCUUUUCCCACCUAUCCACGCCAUACCCCUCCCCCCCCCCCUUCCGGUCAGCAGUGCUCUCUCAGCACACCCACACGCAGGACCACUGGUCGGCUGUUACCGCGCACACUCACCCCGCAGAAUGCCCGCAGCCACCACUACCGCUGCCGAGGCACGCGACCAGUCGCUGAGCGCGCAGCUAGAGCGGGACGGCUUCGUGGUCGUGCGCUCGAUCCUGAGCCCCGCGCAGCUCUCGUCGCUCCGCGCCGCCGCCGAGCGCACCGCCGCCCUCGCCCGCUCCGGCGCCUGGCCCCACGUCCGCACCGUCGGCAAGCAGUUCCCGCCCUGGACCUGGGCCCCGGGCGUCGGCAUCUGGGGGGUCCAGCACCUGCUGAACCCGGCGCUGCCGGACGCGCCCGUCUUCGCCGCGAGCUACUUCGGCGACGAGAUCCUCGGCGUCGCCCGGCAGCUGCUCGCGCCGCGCCGCGACGGCCCCGGCCCCGACGCCGCUGCCGCUGCCGCUGCCGCUGCGCGCGACGACGAGCUCGUCAUGGAGCUCUACAACCUGCUCGUGCGGCCCGACGGCGCCGGCUUCGAGCUGCGCUGGCACCGCGACGACAUCGCGGCGUCGGCGACGGCCGACGAGGAGCUCGCUCGCCUGCGCGAGCCCGCCUGGCACGCGCAGUGGAACCUCGCGCUCUGCGACGGCGACGCGUCGCUCGUCGUCGUGCCCGGGUCGCACGCGCGCGCCCGCACCGACGCCGAGCGCGCCGCCCCGCCCUACGACCCCCGCCUCCCCGGCCAGCUCCCCGUCCGCCUCGACGCCGGCGACGUCGUCUUCUACGACAACAACAUCCUCCACUGCGGCCGCUACGACGCCCGCCGCGAGCGCCUCAGCCUCCACGGCUCCGUCGGCCACGUCGCCGGCGGCCGCCUGCGCGCCCGGAACGUGCUGCAGCAUGGGGUUGGGGACUGGGUGGAUCAAUGCGAUUUCAGCAGCUUGGAUGAGAAACUGCGCGUCAGGGCGGAGGGGAUGCGCGCACGGCUGGUCAAGCUGGGAAGGGAGAGCGGUGACGUGGGAUUCUCCCUAACUGAAUAAUAAUAUCACGACAAGCACGAGGCUACCGAGGACGAAGAUCACGAUUGGAGGGAUGGCGCGACAUAAA